CACUUUUUAGCGGCUUGCCGACGGACCCAACUGAAGCGCCUGGAAACAACGGAGAGGAGACUGAAGGAGUGCACUGUGAAUAUUAAACUGGACUUACUGUAUAUUUGUAGCUAAAUUUCCAAGUUUUAUACACUAACAGCUUAAAUACAGUUUAAGAUGCAGUUCAUGCUGCUGUUCAGCCGGCAGGGCAAGCUGAGGCUGCAGAAGUGGUAUGUGCCUCUAUCAGACAAGGAGAAGAAGAAGAUCACCCGGGAACUGGUGCAGACUGUGUUGGCGCGCAAGCCUAAGAUGUGCAGCUUCUUGGAGUGGAGGGACCUCAAGAUUGUUUACAAGAGAUAUGCUAGUUUGUAUUUCUGCUGUGCCAUCGAGGACCAAGAUAACGAGCUAAUCACAUUGGAGAUCAUCCACCGAUAUGUGGAGCUGUUGGAUAAGUACUUUGGCAGCGUGUGUGAGCUGGACAUAAUCUUCAAUUUUGAGAAGGCUUAUUUCAUCCUGGAUGAGUUCCUGCUUGGUGGGGAGGCACAGGAGACCUCUAAGAAGAAUGUUUUGAAGGCCAUUGAGCAAGCUGACUUGCUGCAGGAGAACCAGAGCGAAGACUGGGGAGGUUUGGCCGCAGAGGAGGUCUUAUAGCAGGGCGGAGGCGGGCACCCGGUAAAUACCACACUGACCCGGUGGGGUGGCAUGGGGCUCAGCAGAGUGCAAGCCUGCAUGUGGCAUCCUUGGUUCCUCUUGCUUGUUGCUGUUGUUGGGGAUCCAGAUUUUAACCCAGUGCUGCAUGGUUACCAGUCACAGCUAGGAGAGCUUUUGUGGGCAUGCUUCACUCCAAGGGCCUGUUCAUACUCAUGACAGCAGGUGGUAUGUAGGUAAUUCGUAAGAGGAACAGUAAAACAAUAGUAUUUCUUACCGUGAUCUCUAUAUGUGCUGUAUUUUACUGUAUAGAUGUUAAUACUAAGUUUGCUGUUUGACCUUCUCUGUAUAAGAAUAUUACUAACAUUUUACUCCCUGAUCAUCAGCAUUCUUGACAUUGUAAAGCUACCAUUAUUUAUAUCUGUUUUAUUGUAGUGUAAUUAGACCCUAGAAUGAAGCGUGGCCAUCUUCGCCCUCAACAGAUAAUGUGUAAUUUUGGAUUGCAGUGCUUCUGCUUUCUGAGAGAUUCUCUUAAUGCUUUCAAACUGAAAACACUCUUCUUGCUUGGGUGACAGUAAUUGGGUUUUUUUUUUUGGGGGGGGGGCGGGGGCAGUUUUUCUGUAUCUUGAAGAGUCUCUAUCUUCAGUUGUGAAAUUUUGUAUGAGUUCUAAAAGUAUGAUUCUCAGUUAGUUCUUUUGCCUACUGGCAUGUGUCAACAAAUAUUUUUGUCCAGUUUUCAAGGUGGGAAAAUGCUGUUUAGCUCACUUGUCUCCAUUAACUUCCUCCUCUUCCAUUAAUAGUGCUUGGGAAAAUUUCUGAGGUAAAAGGGUACAACCGAUGUGCUACGCAAAGUUUAGCACUGUCAGUGUAUUUGGAUUUUCAGGUGAUAAAUGAGAGGGGGCUAUAACACAGUGCACUUUUCUAAGGGAGGUUUUUAUGGCGGAAGACUUUAUCAUUUUAAAAACCUGCUCAAUUUAGAAAAUCAUUACCUAAAAUUAGUAAACUGUCUUUUUUGUAUUUCUUCAUGGAAAGGUUGAUGUUCUAAACUGGAAAGAUUUAAAUGUCAUCACAUCUCUGUAUCUGCUGUAAUAAGGGGCCCAGACUAAGCUGUCUGACUCUUCUUGAGCUGACUGGAUAGACUUGGCUGCUGUGAAAGAUCAUUGGCAUUUCUGGAUGUUCUCUUGUUCCCAGCAUUUCAACAAAAAUACAGCUUUUUUUUAACACUGGGGAAGGUUCAAACGUUAUUGGAAAGUCCAGGCUAUAUUUAUGAAAUCCUAGUAAGGUUUUAAUAAAAGUUUUAACUGCAGAUGAGAUUGUUGGACCUUUGGGCACAGUAAGGCAUCAAAUUCCACCCCAUCCCCCAGCAUCUAAUAGCACAUAUUUGCCUACCAAUAUAAAAUAAUUGCAUUUUGAACAGGCCCUUGAUAAAUGCUGAGGGCAUUCCAGCAAAAUUGGAAAACCAGGCUUAGGGCUUCAAGGAAUGAGUGAUAGAGUCUAAUGCAAAAUAAUUAAAAAGGGAGCUGUUUGGAUGAAGGCAUUCCUCAGAGUAUUAAGAUUAAACCAUUUUAAAUAGCUUUUAAUGAAAAAAUAUUUCUGGAGUAGGAUAUUUACAAAAAGUAGACAAAUUAAGCACUUUGAUGUACAGGCAGAGCAGUUAUGAAACCCACUUCCUCAGCUGGCAGUUUGUACUUAAAGUGUAACGUAGCUUAGCUGUAACUCAAGAAGCAGAAGUGCUAUUUGGUCAUGCUGCAUUUCAACAGUAUUUUCUAGGCCAGUCCUUUGCCUGACUUCCCAGCAGUUUUUGCUCUCUGCUGUCCUCCUCAGUUCCUCUCGGCGUGCAGAGCAUGUUUAGCAUCCACACACCUGGAUGGUAAGGUUUGCAGGGCUUCCCGCAUUCUUCAGACCUCUGUUGAAAGUAAUCGGAGAGGUCAAGGCUGGAUGUAUCAACACGAAAAACUACCAGUGACAGAUCCCUCACAUACUUGAUGUGCAUUGUCCAAAGGUAGGUCCACAGGAGCUUCCAUGAUUGAGCAAUUGAAGACAAAUGAAGAACUUGAGCUGUUAACACCAAAUGGACCGACUCCGGUGGAGAGCCUCCUUCGCGCACUAGUAGGCUAGAGCUGUGGGUUCAACAUCUCGGUCACUUCUGCAUUACGCUUCCUUCACACGCUUGACUGUUUGCCCUGCAGGUAUGCUGGUGCCAAGUAUGGCUUCAGAGUCAUCGGGGUUAUUCCAGAAUUAGAGGUACUGAAGUAAAUGGGUGCACCAGUAGACCUCCUGUAGCACUAGAGUACAGUAGAUACCAAAAAGCACAUUAGAAACACAUGUUCACUCCUAGUUACCCUGUACUGGUAGAGGUUGACUGAUACUGAGGGAGUCCAUGUAGAGGAAUAGUUAAUUGCUUUGUACAUGGGUCUUGGAGUAUUUGAAUCUGUUUGUCCCUUUGUGUUCUGUGUCCUUGUGGAAUUUGUAUGCUCCGAAGGCAUUUCGUACUUGUGGACUAGCCCAAGAUGGUACAGGUAAGUUUAGAAUUGCAUGUAUUUAGGUUCUACAAUGAAGAGAACGCAGUUGGGACCCUACAGGCUUGCUGACGCCUGCAGUGGUCAGCAGUAACAAAAUACAUCGCCUCCCCAGUUAGACCUACAGCUUUGCAGUCAUAUGACCUGUGAAAAGAGUCUGCCUGGCAGUGUGUGUGUGGUAGUGUACUCUGCCUUUGACACAUCCAGGUGGAACGGGGGGUCAAAAUGACUAAAUCCGAGUGAAAAGUAGAGAACAGAGUCAGCUUAUUUUGUGAACAAUAGCCUAGUGUUUUAUAAACCGUAAUUAAACUCCUUUGCUUUUCAUUAAUGAACUUACUGUAAAGUUAUGCCUCAAUUUCUGUAGUUCUAUUUUGAGUCCACAGCUGCAGAUGUUUUGUUCAAUAAGGAUAAAAAAAGUUGCAGACCUGUAAAACUGGUAGAUAACCUACUGUCAGCUGUUCACCUCCAGAUAGGAAUAUUGCUGAAAAAUUGAAUACAUAAACAAUUCUGUAGAGAAUGUAGCAGUUAGUUUUCCCACCCUAUUCACCAAGGUCUCGGUGUGGAAGUGCUGUGUCCUGUCCUUUUUCACUGUCCCCUUGUUUUGUUUCCCCCUUGUUUCUCUGGGCUGGUUGGUGCCUCACACACUUGCAUUGUGAUACGAGACUGUUUUGUGCAUUUCUCUC